AGCUCUGCUUGGUUGCAGUGGAGGCCUAGUCCAAGACCUAAUGGUAUUGUGCACACGUACAACUUUAAAAUUAUGGAAAACAGCAGUCAAUCUAUAUUUUACCAGAAUAUAUCAGGUGCUCAGACAGAAGGAAAGCUUAUUAAUCUGGACCCAUUUAAGACCUAUGCAGCCAGUGUAUCUGCUUUUACAAAAGCAGGGAAUGGGAAUCAAUUCAGCAAUACUAUUCAGUUCACAACACAAGAGUCAGCCCCAGACUCAGUCCAGAACAUGCGUUGUGUGGCAACAAGUUGGCAGUCCAUCUUAGUUCAGUGGGAUCCACCAGCUCGCCCGAAUGGAAAAAUAAUUCAGUAUGUCCUAAAAUUUCAAAAUCUUGCUACCUUUGUCCUCGAAACUGAUAAUGCC